UAGCCCUGCUGUAUGGUAAAUGUCCUGCAACCCUCAGAUGACGUGGUGAUAUUCACAUACGCUGGUAUUCAUAACUGCAAACGAUUGUGGAUACAUUGACCAGAAGAGGGCAGCACUAUAACGAACACUGGGGGCAACUGAGCUUUGUCUCUCACUAGUCAGAAGAUUGCAUCGGAAGUGGCUAGAUAAAGAGGGAAUGCUCUACUUACUUAUUUGAAUAGCGGGACAUAGAAAUAAGCCAUGAUGAUGUGGCGAUAAUGGAAAUGGGCGCACGGAUCAGAUUUGUUAGAGAGCUCAACGCGGAUAACAUCGGCGGUGUUUAAGACAGAUCUCUGGAUUCCGUGUUAAAACCCGCGAGAUUCCUCUACCUGGACCAUACUAAAAUGAUGCAUGGAGACCACAUCCCAUUGUAACGCGCUCGACAUUGCGGUCGUACAGAAUAGCUAACCAGAAGCGGAAAGGAGCAUUUGGAUGCACAUGAAUGUAAUUCUGAGACUGAUGCAUCUCUGUUAGCCUCUCUUCCGAUCUGAUCGCAUGAUGGAAAGAGGAGGAUAACGGUAUUCAAAAGGUUUGCUAUUGCUCAUAAUGGAAGUGACACAGAUAUAAUAACGGGUCAGUGGUGAGCACGUGUUUUUGGACUAGUUGUUCGGGAUUUGUGUGAUCAGAUCGGAGGAAUGAUGUCUUUAAGAUGUCACAGGAGCAAGUCUGUAUGGGCUACUCUGGCUGUGCUGGCGUUGUGCUGGCUCUACAUCUUUCCAGUGGACAGGAUACCCAGCGACAAGGAGAUGGUGGAUGAGAUUCUGCGGCAGGGACAAACAUGGACCCGAAACCAAACGGGAAUAGAUCUGUACAGGAAGCUGCUCACAGAAUGCUGUGACCCAAAGAGGAUGUUUGUUUUGAGUAAAGAGAAUUCUCCAAUUGGGAAGGUCUUAUGGUACGACGGGGAACUUUACCAUUACCACAAAGUCAACAAUGAGACGUACUCAUUCUUUAUUCAGGAUACACCAUUGCAGUUUCCUCUAAAGAAGUGUUCGGUGGUGGGCAACGGCGGGGUCCUAAAACACAGCGAGUGUGGAAGAGAAAUUGACCAGGCUGACUUUGUCAUGAGGUGUAACCUUCCUCCUUUGUCCAAAGAGUACACUGCUGAUGUAGGUACCAGAACACACCUGGUGACCGCUAAUCCAAGCAUCAUUGAAAAGAGCUUUCAGAGCCUGCUUUGGUCCCGCAAAUCCUUCGUAGAGAGCAUGAAGGCGUACGGUUCCAGCUACAUCUACAUGCCAGCGUUCUCCAUGAAGCCCGGUACUGAGCCCUCCCUCCGUGCGUACCACGCCCUCGCAGACACCGCCUCCGACCAGACAGUUGUCUUCGCCAACCCUGAUUUCCUCAAAAACGUCGGCCAAUUCUGGAAGCGCCACAGCGUCCACGGCAAACGCCUGUCCACGGGGCUGUUCCUGGUGAGCCUCGCGCUCGGCUUGUGCGAGGAGGUGACCACUUAUGGUUUCUGGCCGUUUUCCAUAGGGCUGGACGAGCAACCGGUCAGCCACCAUUAUUACGACAACAUUCUGCCGUCCUCUGGAUUUCACGCUAUGCCUGAGGAAUUCCUGCAGCUCUGGCAGUUGCACAAGAGCGGCACGCUGCGUAUGCGCGUUGGCCAUUGUGCAAAGUUGGGGGAGGAGCAGAAGAGGGAAAAAUAGGAGUGGAAGUGUUGCCAGGGGCAACUCCCUUUAUUCCCACAGGAACCGAGUGUCCAUCUUUUCCUGUGAUUAGCAUGAGAAUACUGUGAGCUGAUGCCCCCACCCCCAAAGCUGGGUCUCUUUCUUCAGUGUCUAAAUGCUUGACCCCCGUGUAUGUAUCCGAAACAGCCUCAAACACAACCUGCCUGUAAUUGCCAAGGCACUGACCUGCAUGUAUACCCAUUCUCGUGUAUGCGCUCACUGGAAGCUUGUCGUAUCUUUCAUGUGGAGGUGGCGGAGGUCUGGUGUGACCUAUUUUAGCUGCAUCCACCAGCAGUUAGACCCUUGUUCCCAGGGGCUGUUUGUUUACUUAAUGUAUAGAUUUGAUUUGGGGGAGGGACCCAAAGACUAAACAUGUCUUAAUGGGAAAUCAGAAAAUGAGCGUAAAGUUUUGACCUUUUUCAUGUUGUAUUUUUAGUCGGUUCAUGUUAAGCACUGAUUUUAUUAAUUUUUUUUGUGAAAGACAUAAGGAAAAAUGUGAACAUCCCUGAAACCUUCACAUUUGCACAGAUCUGUGUUAAAACAGGUUUAGUUUGAACUACAGGGGCUACAGGGACAUUUACAGAAAAAAAAACUUUUCAGUGCCAGUGGAAGAAUCCUGAUCGUCGGUGGACUGACAUAGCUUGUGGUUUUCUCAAUUACUAUUCUUUUUAUGUGGAUGUGAUCUGAGAAACAAUCAUAUGAAGAAACGGGGGUUGGAGUGAGCCCUUGUGACAAGGUUGAAGGAGCAAAAUUCAUGCGAGAUUUUUGUUGCCUGCUAAGGUGCUGGACACCUUGUCCAUGUAAAUAAUCAUCAAUUUCGUUACUGUUUCCAUAAGCAUUGUGUUCUCUGAAUGUAAUGGCAGUCUUUUUAGUAGUCUGCCCAGUAACUUACUUUUUAAGCAUUGUAAUAUUUUUGUUGAAUUGCACACAGGGAUUUAGGUAUUAAUCUUGUUCUGCAGGUGCCAGUUGUAACAUGUUCACUCAAGCUUAGUCUCAACAUCCCAAACAGGAUGAUGCUUUAGGUACACGAGUGAUAGGAAGGAAGGAAGUGCCAGAAACAUGUGCCGUGCAAGUGUGCUGACCUAACCUCUUCGCCAAUACAUUAAAAGUAUAUAGCUCUGUCGUAUUUAAAGGGGUCAUAUGGAGUGCAUACGUGUUUUUUUACCCAUGCAUGUAUUAGACACGUAAAAUUGCAAAAAUGUAUACGCAAGUAAGGUGGGCAUACCUGUCAGUACAAUUGCUUUGGAACCUGAUGUUCCAAAUAUGGUAAGAGGCGUUGCAUUUCCGUCACACGCUUGCAGUAUUCGACCAAUCACUACACACUGGUUAACUGGCCAAUCAUAGUACACCUUGCUUUUCAAAGCGAUGAGCUUUGUAAAAAAUCUGCGCGUUUCAGAGAGGCGGGGCAAAGAGGAGAUACAUACAUGCACGGUAUGUGGAAAAUACAGCGUUUUUUUUACCUUAAAUCGUGUAUACACAUUGCAUUACAUCUAAAACAAACGAUAAUAUUAGUUUUAGCCGUGUCAUAUGAGGUCAUUUCAGAUUUCAAAUAUCUGCCAUUAAACCAGAUGUAGUAUUAUUUAAGUAGCUAGCUAUAAACAACAUGUCGACAGUCUAAAUAGCUGUUGCUCUGCCAUGAUGGUAGUUGACUGUAAAGGGAAACUGUUACAAUGUGGGUGUUCUGAAUUGCAUUCAGGAGACAUGCAGUGAGCUCAUAUUGCUACAACAGUUGUGUUUAUGUACUUGUGUAAAGUAUGUUUCAGGCAGUAAUGUAUUGAAGUCGCCAAGACCCAUGGGUGAAUCUCACAAAAAAAUUGUGCAUGCCAUAUUUAACCCUAAUCAAAAUUUGUGAAAAUACCAUUUUGGCAUAAUUUCUCAUUUCCGGAAUUUCUCAUUACCGGAAUGUUUUUCACAAUUAUAUCUUUAGCUUAGGUCAGCACAAAUUAAAGGCGGUUCUACAAACUGUACCAUGAUGUGUUCUUUACUAUUUAAAUAAUACUGCAUCAUUUACGUUUUGCGUUAUGGUAAUGAGAAUUUAGUGAUGGUCCAAAAAAUAAACCAGGGAUGUUUUUGGCAGGUUUUAUGAGAUUCAUUUAUAGAGUUUAGGGAAAUGUGUGCACUUGCCUGUGCCGAGUAUCUCCAAAAAUGUCCCUGCACACAUUUUCACACUUCUCAGUUCAGUUUUUAUCUGCGUCUAAGGAUCAUUUUAUUUUGCUCACAAACUCUUAACUCCACAUGGUUUUGAUGAGUGAUGAUGAGGGACCAAGACUGAUGCGUUGCUAAUGUAGAGUGACUAGUGAUUUGUUAUGAUAUGAAAUGAUGAAUGCAAAUUUUGGAUGGGGGUGUUGAAAUGUCUUAGCAUGCGGUUAGAGAAGGACCAACGUACAGUUGUUACUGUAACAUUUGAAUUGCCAGAUUUUUUGGUGUACGCAAAUUUGGAAAGCAGGAAUUUUACCUUUAUUUUGUUGCACCUUUGUGCUGUUCAGUAUUGUGAAUGAGUGAGGUUAUAAUUUGUAUGUAGGCAUGCAUGACUGUGAAAUGUAAUUGGUUUUUGAAACUGAUCUUGAGUUAUAAACUCACAAACCGCUAUGUAUAUUUAAGUUUUGCCGUUUGAGUUUCUUAGCCAUAUGAGGGUAUGUUCCCUUCUGAAACUCAGCUUACCUCAAAUGUACUAUACACUGUUAACUCUAGCAGUGAAGCUCACAAGAGCUUGAAUCUUAGGUUAAGUAUGUUUUCCCCUAAAAUGCUGGUGUCCGAUUAGGUCAGUUUUAUUAUAUUAUACUAACAGUAAACAGGAACAGGGCUGAACAUUGGCCGUUUCUCAAUUCCGACUGGGUUAUGCCAGUAAUGAGAAAAUUUGUAAUUUUGUGUUAAAAGUGAACAAAGCAUUGCUGUUAAAUAAUAAGGAAGACCAGUGUCAACUAGUCUGCUGCAGUAUGUGUAGUGUGAAUUGUAAUUCUGAAUGACAUUAAAUUUGUUUGAAGUCUG